UUGACCAAAAAUACCGCCAAAAUGUCGGACGACAAGGAGAUCGACUACACUCUCAACAACCCCGACACCCUCACCAAGUACAAGACCGCUGCUCAGAUCUCUGAGAAGGUCCUGGCUGCCGUCGCCGAGCUUUGCGUCCCUGGCGAGAAGAUCGUUACCAUCUGCGAGAAGGGUGACAAGCUCAUUGAGGAGGAGCUCGCCAAGGUCUACCGUGGAAAGAAGGUCAACAAGGGCUUCUCUCACCCUACCACGGUCUCCCCGGCCUCCUUCGUCACUCCCUACACUCCCCUCACCUCUGACGAGGCCGAGGCCAAUGUCGAGAUCCAGGCUGGCGAGCCCAUCAAGAUCCAGCUCGGUGCUCAGAUCGACGGCUUCGGCUCCAUCGUCUGCGACACCAUCAUCGCCGGCGGAGAGGUCACUGGCCGCUCUGCGGAUCUGCUCCUCGCCAACUACUAUGCCAAUGAGCUCCUCCUCCGCUUGAUGCUCCCUCCCGGUCUGCUGGCUUCCGGCACCGACGAGGAGAAGGCCAAGGCCGCCGCCGCCAAGGCACCCAGCCAGUCCAAGAUCACCAGCCUUCUCGAGAAGGUCGUCAAGAGCUACGACUGCAACCUGGUCGAGAGCACCACGUCAUGGCUGUUCGAGCGCAACGAGAUCGAGGGCAAGAAGAAGAUCGUCCUUGCUCCCUCUGAGGGCUCCAAGGGUGACGGCGUUCCCGAGGUCGGCGAGGUUUGGGGUGUUGAGAUGGGCGUCAGCUUGGGCGCCGGCAAGGUCAAGACUUUCGAGCAGAGAACCACCCUCCACCGCCGCACUCUCAACACCUACGGCCUCAAGCGCCCGACUUCCCGCAAGAUCCUCUCCGAGGUCCAGAAGAAGUUCGGCACCUUCCCCUUCAGCUUGCGCCAGCUUGAGGAUGAGCGCGACGCCAAGUCCGGUGUCGUCGAGUGCGUUCGUGGCAACGUUUUCCGUGCCUACGAGGUUGUUGGCGACAAGGACAACUCCCCUGUUGCUCGCUACCUGAGCACCAUUGCCAUCACCAAGAACGGCAUCACCAAGCUCGGUGCGCCUCCCGCUCUCGACCUUAGCAAGGUCAAGUCGGACAAGAAGAUUGAGGAUGAGGAGAUCCUCAAGAUUCUCGAGCAGCCCCUUUCCAGAAAUACCGGAAACAAGAGCAAGAACAAGAAGAAGAAGAAGAAGCCCGCCAAGAAGGCUGCUGCCGGCGAGGAGGAGGAGGAGAGCGACGAGGACCCGCACCAGGCCAACGGAGGGACGGAGCCGGUGAAGAAGCAGAAUGGAGCAAGCGAACCUCCCAAGACGUUUUUGCAGAGAUGGUUGGAGCCGGCCGUGCAGAGCAAGCCGAGCUUUGAGGAAGCUGGAUUGAUGCGAUAUGGCGUAACGGAGAAUAUGGCGCCUCUGGGAUCGCUUCCCAAGCCAGCGACGACCAAGAAGCAGGGCCAGGAGGGUGCGCAGCCCGUCAGGAAGAUCAUCAUCAAGUCAAGCUCAGCAAACUCUGCUGCCGCGGCCGCAAGUGCGUCGGCACCCACGCGCUCAGAGACACCCCCUCCUCCCCUUCCCUCACCACCCAUCGCAGCACCCAAAAUGGGCCGAAAAUCGCUGCCCGCCAGAGGUUUGGACGACGACGAUGAGGACGAGGACUACACGCCAAAGGCAGCUGCCGGGAAGAAUGCGGGAAGUCGUGCAUCGCUGCCGCGCAAGAGCCUGUCGCGCCCCUCAGCAGGACGGCGCCUCUCAGCAUCACUCCAGCAAGCUUCGGCGCCUUCUAGUGAAGCCGUACAGCCUCGAGAAGCUACUCCUACUCCUACUCCUACUCCUGACCUGAUGACCGGAGACAAGGAGCUGGUCGAUGAGAUGGUCAACGUUGCUGUCGAAGAGGCGCUCCGACAUUACCGCUAUCCCACUGCGUGGGCACUGAGGACCCUCUACGACGAAAAUUCUUCGAAUCCAGUCUACAUAUCCAUGUUUUCGGAAGUUGCCAACCAAACAGCCGACGCCGACACGCUGGACGAAUUUUCCCGUCUCAUGGAGGAAAAGAAGAAGGAGGGCAAGAAAGACAAUCAAGCCUGCUAUUUUUUCGUGCCUCCUUCCACCAACUCGCGCUUCACCCCUCACAAGCCCAAGGCAGCGCCCUACGGCAAGCUCCUCUCCUUCGACCUUCCCAACAGUGAGAGCCCUUCGCCAACGAAACCCAAAGGAAGAGGAAAGAAAGAGCCAGAAGCACCCCUCGACAUGGAUGAGUCAAUGAUGGACAUGGAAACCACGACAAUGGCGAUUGAGACGCCGUCGCGCAAGCGUGCCCGUCGGGACUCUGCAAGCAGCGACUCUUCUCUGUCGGAACUGUCCGCAUCGCCUUCUCUCCCACCCGACUCGCCCUCUCCCAGCUCUCCGCCCGUUCCCGCGGGAUUUCGAGCGGCCAGCCACAAUCGCCGUCACAGUGCCACGACGGCUGCUACGGCUGCUGGGGCCGACACCGAGACCACCACGACCAGCGCAGCACCGCCAACCGACCCCCAGCCAAUCAAGAGACGCGGCAGAUCCCUUGCUGCUAAGUCGAGCGUGUCUGACGCAUCCAACCCAAACUCACCCACCCUCCCCCCAAACGCAUCUCAAGCUGCAGGGGCUGGCAACAUGCCUGGUCGACUUUCUUCGCCCAUUUUCCCCAACCUAUCGUCCACAGCCACGGUCACCACAACAACAAAGGCGACUGGUAAGAAGAACGCCAACAAGGACAAGGCUCCUCGCGUCUUACCCAGCGACGAUGCCACGACCACUCGUAGGAGAAAUGCACGCGACAACACUAUCAGCCAAACGCCCCAGCCAGAGAGCCAUAUUCGCGGAUCAGACAUGAGAGGCAGGGCCGGAUCUGUCGUUGCGUCUUCGCCGGCACUGAAUCUACGCAAAUCGACCCGCACACCGGCUCCGAAUCUGAGCCUCAAUCUGGGCAGCGCGAGGGCUACAAGAUCCGCAAAGAGGACCCACGACGAGAUAGACAACAGUUCUCCGACCGCGCCCUCUUUCAUCGAGGACAUUACGCCGACGACCAGCUCGAGGGCUGCAACGCCUACCAACCUUCGUCCGACGAAGAAGCAGCGAACCGGACUGCGCAUCAAGACUUCGCCUAUGAAGAAGAAAGGAGGCACUGCAGCUGGUGUUCCCCGUGCCAGUGGCGAAGGCGGCCCGUCCGUCGCAAAUGGGGGACCUCCCAACCAGGACGAGAACGACGACUAUUGCUCGGCGUGCGGCGGUGUUGGAGAGCUUGUUUGCUGCGAGAACUGCUCCAGGUCGUUCCAUUUCGAAUGUGUCGAUCUAGGGCUGGGAGACACUCUUCCCGAGGAGUGGUUUUGCAACGUCUGUUUCAGCAACAGAUACCCCACCAGGGUGCCCGAAUACAGGGGUCCCUUCGGCGGAUUGCUCAACAGUCUGGAGAAGACGAAUCCUCAAGCCUUCAAGUUGCCCAAGACUGUACAGCUUUAUUUCGAAGGGGUCAAGAUUGGCCUCGAAGGCGAGUAUGAGGAUGUUGUGGUUCCGACUAAGCCUAAGAAGAAGGGAUAUGAAGAAGCUCCCGACUUCUUCAAGGUUCGGGAUGUCGAUGGCUCCGCCGUGCUUUGCCAUGAUUGUCAGCGCCCAGCUGCUGAUAAUCGAGCCAUCAUCCCAUGCAGUCUCUGCAGCCUUCACUGGCAUCUGGAUUGUCUUGAUCCUCCCUUGGCUAUUCCGCCUGUGGUGCGAACAUGGCGUUGUCCGCUUCACGCGGACGAUCUAUUGGCCACGCUGCCGGAACAGCUUGCACCAGCUCACCGCUUCCGGAAAAUCAAAGGAGCCCCCGCUAUCAUCCCUUCUUUCAGCCGUGGUAUGAAGAACAACGGCUUCAUCGAAAUCGAGGAUGAGGAAUCCGGCGAUGAAACGGGAUGGAGCGAUGUGAAAACCUUCGGCCGAGUCUACAAGUUGCCCGCAAAGGGUGUCGUCCUCGACUUCAUCUCUCAGCUUCGAAAGGAUGGCGCAGGCUACGUCUCAGGCUAUCCGCCAUUGGCCAAGGGUCAGCCACAUCCCGUCAGUCCUCCGCUAGACGCUCGCACCCUCGCAGAGCAGCAGGCAGCUUUCAACAUGGCUGCACUGGCCUCCACACAGCCUACUAGCAAGCUCGAGGAUCUCACCCAAGCCCUCUUGAUGGGCGCCGAGCCUGACUUGCUCUCCAUGAUGGCGCGUGGCAGUGCAGAGAACUUUGCGAGUGGCGAGGUCAACGCCAGCGACAAGCAAAGUCUUCGCGCCAUGCUUGCACACAUGGAGGCCAUGACCGGCCGUAUCAAGAGCUUGUUAGGAAAUGAGCUCCAGGGCCCAUGUGGUGCUGAGAGCUUACACGCGCCGACUGACCAAGGGCCUGCCGACGACAACAAUACCGAUGGCAACAACACUGACGGCACCGAGAGUGUCGAAGGCGAUAUUCCUUCGAUCAAAAACGAGUCUGUCGAGCCCAUGGCAGACCUGCCCACCCCAGCCACCACCACCCAAGACAACCUAGAGCCAGUCAGCGGACUCGGCGAGAAGUCAUCACAAGAAGUUCCGGACGGCGACGAUGUGACUAUCAUGGAUAUUGACUAG